GGCCGUAGAAGAAGAAGGAGGACUGUAGUGGCCGUAGAAGAAGAACACGUCUCUCUUCUACUUCCGGUCUCUGGCUCUGUGGUUCUCUGGUUCUGUGGUUCUCUGGUUCUCUGGUUCUGUGGUUCUCUGGUCUCUGGUCUCCGGUCUCCGGUCUCUGCGGGAGGAGAUGUACCCCCCGCAGAGAGGAGGCUACCGGCCGCCGUUCGAGGGCCGAGGUCCUCCGCCGAGGCCUUACCCGGUACCGGGCUACCGAGACGAGCGGAGCCGGCCCAGGCCUCCGUUCCACCCGGGCUACCACGAGCACGGCCCCGCGGACUCCUACCGCCGCUCCCCGCCGCGCAGGAGGUACCCGUCCCCCGGGCAGGGAGGCCACCGGGCCGGAGAGUACCGCAGAGAGACGUCUCCUCGGGGCUCUGGUCCCAUCGACCACAACCUGGUCAUCACCGUUGGCAACGAGCUAACUGGACCGUCUGGCUCCGCCCCUUUUCGCCAUCAUGACAGAGACUACCCUCCUCGACCCGAGUACGAGCGGAGCAGGAGCCGGGGCCGGAGCCGACCUCAAAGCCGGAGUCCGGACCGGAGCCGGGCCAAGAGUCAGGGACGGAGCAAGAGUCGGGUGAGGAGCAAGAGCCGGCACCGCAGCCAGAGCCGCAGUCCGGGCCGGAGCCGGGCCAGGAGUCGGGGUCGGAGCAGGAGCCGCAGUCCGGACCGGAGCCGGGCCCGGAGCAGGAGCCGGAAUAAGAGCCACAGUCCGGACCGGAGCCGGGCCAAGAGCCGGGGACGGAGCAAAAGCCACAGUCCGGACCGGAGCCGGGCCAAGAGCCGGGGCCGGAGCAAGAGCCGCCACCGCAGCAAGUCCAGUUCCAGAGGGAGGAGCAUCGGGCGGAGCCACGGACGCAGUGCGAGCAGCUCCAGCUCCAGCUCCAGCAGCGGAGACGGGAAAUUCAGAAAAGGGUUCAGGGAGCUGGAGACGGCGCGACGCAGGAAGGAGCUGGAGGAGAUGCUGAGUCUGCCGACGAAAUCCAUCCUGAAGAAACGCAACGACUCCGAGGACUCGCCGUCACUCAGGACCACCAACUCCCCUCGAGGUCAAGAGGGUUCCAACAUUUCCCGGGUGGCCGACCAGCUUCUGCAGGCGGUGAAGGGCAUGGAGCCCCACAUGGUGGCCUCCAUGCUGUCCGAGCUGCGGACAGAUCCUCAGAUGGCUCACCGGGUCGGCCUCGACGCCGAGAUCAAAGAGAUCCUCCACCUGCUGGGGGGUCCGGCGGGGGUCAAACCUCAGGAGAAGGCGGACGACAUUGACGACGAGGAGAAGUUCCUGUACGGAGACUCGGAGGAGCCCAAACCUCAGCUGGCGUCCGAGCCGAUCCGACACCACGGGCUGGAUCUGUACGGAGACGUGACGGAGGAGGCGCUGUACGGAGACUACCCCCCACCGAAACAGGUCAUCACUCAGACGUACGGCCUCCCGGCGGGGGCCUCGCCUCACCUUCAGGCCCCUCCCACCACGGGGGAGGUGGAUGUGAGAUACACCAGCCGGCCCUCCGUCAGCCCCGACCAGAACAUCACGGUCCAGGUGCUGAACUCUGCCAUACCGCCGGGGAUGGAGCCGCUAGAGGAGGGCGAGCGCCAGGCGCUGGAGGAGUACGAGAAGAUCCAGGACCUGCUGAAGACCAUAGGCCUGGACCUGGGCGUGACCGAGAUCAGCAAGAUGGCCGCCAGGACCAAAGAGCGUCUCCACGGAAACAAGCCGCCUCCGAAGACGCCCACGCGCAGCAGGCGCUACUCUUCCAACAGCUCGGACGGGAGCCGGGGUCGCAGGAGGCGGAGCCACAGCAGUAGCUCCAGCAGCUGCAGCCGGAGUCGCAGCCGCGGGCGGGGGGGCAACCGGGGGCAGCUGGAGCAGCGACGGCGGCAGGAGGAGCUCGGCGCCGCCCAAACCUCACGUCCACGGCAUUAUGCCCCCAAACUUCCCCCGCCGGGUUACAGCCAGUACGGAAACUACCUUCCCUACAUGCACCAGCAGUGGCCGCCCAUGUACCCGCCCCCAACAUGGCCCUGCCCCCCAAACCGGCCCAGACGAGUUCCCCCCUACUUUGCCCUACAAACACCCCUACAGCAAACCGGCCCUGAGCUGGGGGACAAAGGUUUGAUGAAGACUCCGGUUCCGGACGUUGAGAAGGUCAAAGUGUCUGAGGAGCAGAACAACGAGAGCCAGAAACAAAAGGUUCUGGAGGAGAGAGAGAAGCUGAAGCAGGAGAGAGACAUCCGGAUGAAGAAGAAAGAGUAUCUGAUGAAGGAGCUGGAGCGGCUCAGGAAGCAACAAGGGGAGCUCCUGAGGAAGAAGCGGCGGGAGAAGGGCGGACACAAAGACCCUCUGCUGCAGGAGAUCAGCCACCUGCAGGAGGACGUCAUGGCUCAGAUCUCCAGCCUGCGCAAAGAGCACGAGGCCGCCGAGAAGAAUCGCAACGAGAUUGAGAAGAUAGCGCUCAUCCUCGGCCUGAUCCCGUCCGACCGGCCCCGCAGGGCCGUCAAACCGCCGGAGGACCCGGAGGACGAGCCGCCGCCAUCGCCGCCAGAGAAGAAGAAGAAAUGUGAGGUGCAGAGGAGUCCUGAGGGCCGGCAGGCCGCCAGCAGCAGCUCCACCUUAAAGCAGACCUCAGCGGCGGCGGUGGCUGCGCCGACGUCGAGAGCGUCUCCAGACGAGCCGCCCGCCGACGCCCCGACUCCGCCCCCAGAGCCGUUUGAAUACUAUGACGCAGGAAACCACUGGUGCAAAAACUGUAACGUCACCUCUGGUUCCAUGUUUGAUUAUUUCACACACUUGCACAGCAAAACGCACCGAAAGACUCUGGACCCGUACGACCGACCCUGGGCUUCCACUCCCACCAAAAUCAGCAAGAACCUUCUGUCAGAAGAGAAGCUGACGAAACCCGCCAAAGGUUCUGAGUUCUUGCUGCCCGUCAGAGGGUUCUUCUGUCUGCUGUGUAAACAGUUUUAUGGAGACGCCAUCUGUGCAGAAGAGCACGUCACCACUCACGCUCACAACGAGAAAUACAAGAAACAGAUGUACGAGAACCCUUUGUAUGAACAGAGGAGGAACCUGGACCGGCAGGCCGGACUGGCCUCCGAGCCCAGCGGGAAGAAACGCAAACAUGAGGACGAGGACAAGAGCAACAAGGACGAGAAGUCCAAACACAAAAAGGAGAAAAGGGACAAGGAGAAAAAGAAGGAGGAGUCCGAUGCUGUUCAGAAGGAGGAGAAAAUUAAAAAAGAGGGAGAGGAGGCGAAGCCCAGCAAGAAAGAGGAGGAAUUGAGGAAGGUCAAAAGCCUGGAAGAGGACAGGCCUUUGUACAGCAAGAAAGACGAGGAGGAAAAGUUGAAAUGCAGCAAGAAGGAUGAUAAAUACUGCUCCAGCAGAGAGGAAGAGGAGAGGGGUAAGCACAGCAGGAAAGACGAGGACGACCGAUACAAAUACAGAGAAGAGGAAUGUCGGUCCCGGUACCGCAGGGAAGAAGAGGACCGAUAUGACAACCGCCUCAAAUAUGGGCCGAGAGACGAGUAUAAAUACGGUCAAUAUUCAGAUUUCAGAUCCAAACAUGACGAAGGAAAACUUAAGGCUGAGAAGGAAGCUUUUAAAAAGCUUGAGCCGGGAAAACCAGCAGGGAAACCAGAUACCAACAAGCCUGAACCUCCGCCGAAGCCGUACGACCCGCCCAAAAUCCUCUGUGGACCUAGUCCAGCCAUGAGGGCAAAGCUCCGCAAGCAGAGCCUGGAAACCAGCAAACCACCGCCGCCUCCGGCUGCGACUACGGCUCCAUCGUUUGGGAAGUUCACAUGGAAGAAGAAGGAGAGUAUUCUGGCAAAGGAGGCGGAGAAAGUUGCUGCAGAGUUCAUCAAAGAAGAUGAAGCAGCUGCAAAGCAGAACCCGGUCUCGGCGGAGGAUUCCUUUGCUAAAUCCAUGGCCGUUGCCAAGGAGAUCGCCCACAAGCUAGGGGGCCACAACACCACUCCUCCUUGGGUGUACAACAGAGCCACCCGGGGAAGGAUCCGGCCUAACCUCCCUGCACCGGCUGCAGUCCUGAGGAAAACCGCCAUGAUGGGUAAACCUGCCCCUCUGAACACCUUCCUCUCCAUUAUACCCCAAAACACGGGAUUACAAGGAACUGCUCCGACAGAACAACCCUUAUUCUGUGAUGGUCUCACAAGGGCUCUCAAUGCCCAGAAUGCACUGCUGGAAAAUAAACCUCAGCCACCAAGUGGUACAACCGGGACAUUUGAGGCCAUGCCUCCGCCGCCGGUGUCAAGACCUGCACCGCCGGUUUCAAGACCUGCACCACCUGUUUGUAACCCUGCACCACUGGUUUCUAAACCUGCACCACCAAUUUGUAACCCUGCACCACCAGUUUCUAAACCUGCCCCAAUCGAGACAAAGCCUGCACCAUAUGAAACUAUGCCUGCUCCAUCUGUGGCUAAAUCGGCACAACAUGCGAUGAUAAAGAUCGUGUCCGACGUGGCGGCUCCCGGAGUUCCAGAGGGCGAGCAAACACGUACGGUUUUUGUCAAGCCUCCACCUUUCAUGAUCAUGGGCGACGGACCUCAUAAGUCUGAGAAACUUAGGAGUAACCUGGCUGCAGCUAAAGCCCAGGACUUAUUCAACAUCUUCUACAGCAGGGUUGACCAAUCGGGUGCCUCCUCCAUCACCAAACCAGCAACAGAUGCCAGCGCUGAUGGGAGCAGCAGCAAUAAAAUUCAGCUUCUGACCACGCAAGCUCCAAAACCACAACCUCAGCUUCUGACCACGCAAGCUCCAAAACCACAACCUCAGCUUCUGACCACGCAAGCUCCAAAACCACAACCAGACUCACCAAUUCCCCAAACCCCGCCAGAACCAGUCAUUCAAAUUGAAUCCGUUUGGUCCUUGCAGCCGUCCCAAACUCCAACGCAUCGGGUGGCUCCAUCUGAAACCCAGCCAGAACUGAAUCUACCAGCCCAGUCUGAGACUGCACCCCAAAACCAGUCCUUAACUCCCAAAUCUGAGUCCCAAACCAAGCCUGCUGAGCUGGAACCAACAUCUCAAAUGCCCAAACUGGCCCCUCAAAUCAUCACGGACCCCAAACCAGACCAGGACACUCAGCCCCUGCUCCAUCUAGAGACCCAUCCUGACACGGUUCCAGAACCUGCUCCCAAGCCAGGACCCAAAACUAGAGGCAAGGCGACUCCGACAAAGAGGACCCCUCCUACCACCCGUCCCGUCCGACAAACCAGAUCUCAAACCAGAUACCAGACCCGCCAGCAGCAGAGCCAGUCCGAGCCUGAGCCGGCUUCAGGAGAUUCUGACUCGGCAGCUUCAGACCCAAAGGGGGUGGACUCGUCCGAUCCUGGCUCAGGGCUGCUGCUGGAGGAGGGGACGCCCAGCGAGGGUGACCCUCCGAUGAUGGAGAUCACUGCUGAGACCCUGGGCCUCCCCGCAGACAUGACCUCUCUGGACUUUGAUUAUGAUUUUAACUUUGAGUAGCAGCUGACCUUAAAAACCAGGAAGUCUCCGAUCAAUAAUGGACCUGAAGGCAGCAGGCAAGAGAGACGCUGACAGACUUGAGACUUUUAAGACUCUGACCUUCAUCCAUUUAAAGCCCCAGUUUGACAUUAAGGAAACCUUCUUUUUCCGUCUUCUCCAGAGUCCAGGACAUCUCUAGACUCAGGCAUGUCUCUAGGAUCUAGAUACGUCCUGGAGUCUAGAGUCCGGGACGUGUCUAGACCUGCAAUCUUUUAUUAAAAACAAGACUUCCUCUAAAGACACAAACAGAUCCAUGAAUAUUUCCUUAAGAGAGUUAGGAGGUUCUUCAUGUGGUUCAGGUUCAGAACAUUUCAGUUCUGGAAGACGAAUAACAGCUGAAGGAGCAAAGUUAGAUUUAUUUUUCAGAUGUUGCUCUUAUCUUUCUAAUAAUAAUAUAAUAAUAAUAUUUCCUCUUCAGGCGUCUAAAAUUACACAAACAAUCACUUUAUAUUUUGUGACCCACAGAAAGAUAAACCACAGCCCAUUUUAAAGUGAAAAAGGUUUGGAAGUCUAAUGAAAAAAGAAACCACUUGUUGUACGUCACCAGUGUUUCUGGGUUUUGACCAAACUGAUGUGUGACUGGAUUAAAUGUGAACGUGUGUCCUCCUGCAGGUAAAGAACCCGACACACCUCCUGAUUCCUCCUUUUCUACUUCUACUCUUUAUUUCUCCUCUUUUAAAACGACCUCCGGUCCGACCAAAAGCAGCUCAGUUGGUGGUUCACAUGUUAGCUGAAGAUCCAGGAGCUGAUUCCUGUAGGAGAGCAGCAGGUUUGUGUCUGAUUCACUGAUCUCAGGUCAGUGAGGAAGAGAAACCAACGUCGUCUCAAUGCAUCUGUUGCUUCAAGUAGUUUUAAUAAAAGUUAGUGGAGAA